AUGUCCAUCCUCUGGAGCUCACAGGUGCUAUUCGACAAAAAAGGUGGAAAGGUUGUAUCCGGACGGUACACCGUCGAAACAACUGGGAACAAGGCGUUGCCUUUGUGUCUUGUAACACUUUCAGGAUUCACCAUUUAUACUUUGAAAUUGACGAACAGUGAAAACCCGAACUCCAUCCACCUAUUUGAAGUUUUGUCCUACUCGAAUUGGGGGAGACGAAAUGCUCCAAAAAAUCCGGCAGUCGCUCAAGGAAUCAUAAAAUAUUGUGACUUAUCGAACAGAAACAUAAUCCUCCAAUGUUAUGAUGGCUAUGGCCCGGCUGGCACUCUGCUCGCAAUCAAAUAUGGUAUUUACAAGUGUAGAACGACUAAGUACAAUGAUCUGUUGACAUUCCUCAAGGAAGUUCGAUCGAUUCGUUUUGGUGCGAUUCAAACAGUGGCACAGCUCACCUAUGUUAUUCUCACAAUUGCGAAGGUGCUGAUGGAUGAGGAAAACAUUGAAUAUCUAGAAGAGUUUGAUAGAAUGAGAUACCAUCAUAUGUGUAUGCUAGACCGAUCUGAACAUCCAAAAGGCGAUCUGAAAGGGUGGAAAGAAAUAGAGAGACCACCAAAAACAUUGUCCUAUCCGGAUCAACAGCAUAAAGAUGAAGCCGUACGAGAAUUCUGUCUGAUGUCAAAAAAGAACAUGUUAGAAUCAAAAAAUAUGACAUUGACACAAGAAGAGCUGAAUGAGUUGAGAUCAUUGAGGAGAAACAACACACGAAAAAGAGAAGGAGUAGAAGAGGAUGAGGAUGAGGAAGAGCUAAAGAACGAAGAUGAUCUAGAGGAGGAAACAAAACAGAAUACGGAAGCUAAAGGGAAUAAACCGGAAAGUAAGAGUAAGACUAGUAACGGUAGUAAGAUGAGCAAGAAUCAGAAAGGAAAAGUGAAAAAUAAGGAAAGUAAGAAUAGUAAGAUGAGCAAGGGAACGAGCAAAAGUAUUCAAAAAAGCGUGAGCAAGAGUGGUAGCAAAAGUCAGAAAUCGGCGAAUUCAAAAAGAAGAAGACCUGACAAGAAAUCGAAUGCUUCAAAAUCGAAACAUGGGAAAAUGGAGAAAGGAAAAGGGAACAUCAAGGGGAAAAAGUGA